AGUGGACCGUCUGGCAGGUGAUAACUUGCUGCUGAGAUGGAAGUGCCAAGCGUCAAAGACUUCCAGUGGAAAACUCUGGCUCCUUUGCCCAGCCCAAGGGUUUAUUGCUCCCUUGUGGAGGCUGGUGGGCAAGUCUUCGCUAUUGGGGGUUGUGAUGACAAUGGAACUCCCAUGGACUGUUUUGAGGUCUACUCUCCUGAAGCUAACCAGUGGAAUUCUCUUCCUCCAAUGCCUACAGCCAGGGCUGGAGUCGCUGUAGCUACCCUAGGCAAGAGGAUAAUGGUGAUUGGAGGAGUUGGAGCUAACCAGAUGCCCCUGAAGAUUGUGGAGAUGUACAACAUAGAUGAGGGCAAGUGGAAGAAGAGGAACUCCUUGCGGGAAUCCUCUAUGGGAAUCUCUGUGUCUGUAAAAGACUACAGGAUCUAUGCAGCAGGUGGAAUGGGAGUGGAUCUGCGCCCUCACAAUUACAUGCAGCAUUAUGACAUGCUGAAGGACAUUUGGGUGUCACUGGCAAACAUGCCCACGCCCAGAUAUGCUGCCACCUCCUUCUUGCGGGGCACAAAGAUCUACGUGCUAGGUGGAAGGCAAUCCAAAUAUGCCGUGAAUGCCUUUGACGUCUUUGACAUCGAGACUAGAUCAUGGACCAAAUUUCCCAGCAUCCCUAGCAAAAGGGCUUUUUCAAGCUUUUUGUGCACAGAGGACAACAUCUUCAGCAUUGGGGGACUGCGACAGGGCCGGUUAUACCGUCAGCCCAAAUUUAUGAAGAACGUAGAUGUGUUUAACAUUGAGCAAGGAGGCUGGAUGAAGAUUGAACGGUCUUCCUUUCUGAAGAAGCGGCGAGCAGAUUUCAUAGCUGGCUACCUGAAAGGAAGAAUCAUUGUAGCUGGAGGACUAGGAAAUCAGCCUAAUGUUCUGGAGUCAGCUGAGGCCUUUCACCCUGGCAAGAACAAGUGGGAGAGCCUGCCACCUAUGCCCACCCCACGGUGUGCAUGCUCCAACAUUGUGGUAAAAAACUGCCUUCUGGCUGUAGGUGGAGUGAAUCAGGGGCUGAGUGAUGCUGUGGAAGCACUGUAUGUGUCGGACUCCUAGCUGGCCUUUCUCCACUCCCUUCCCCACAUUAAGCACCGGAGAAAGUGAUAGCUCUGCAGCUCAGUGUGUGGGGCCAGCACCCACCACGCCACACAGGAGGACUUGGCACUGUCCCCUUAACCUGCCUCCCACUCAGCUGCUUUUCUGUAACCCUUUCACUGUGUACUGGGGGGGUGAGCGGUUCCUUGCCCCCCCACAGCUGCACAAUUUUGUGGCUCUCUUUAAUUAUCUCAGCUCUUCCUUGUGAUGAAGUCACCUAUGUUGUUGAGCUCUACCACCUAAGGAGCCAAUAGUCACCUCCCAGUGCCAACUUUGAAUGGCCAAGGAACAUGCUACCAGUAAACUUUCAUGGAAUAAUAUGGGAUGCUUCAGCCAAGGAUUAGCCAAGAGCAUCCUCUAUCAACUGAAAAGCCUCUUUGCCUUCCUCUGAAAUACGUUCUACACAGUUGUUGAUCGAGUCCUUUCAAGUAUUAUUCAUACACGGGAACAAACUGAGAACUGAAUCCCAUGGAGCUGCAGCUUGCAUAGCCCAGUAACUCUUUGAAAAGACCCAGUGGUGUUGGUGGAUUUUAAUGUUUUUUUCCUGUAGGAACCAGCAGCAAUGCAAAGCCCUAAAGUCUCCCUGCUGUGACAAUAGUCUUCAAGGCAUGCAGAGUUCAAGGCACCCCGAUUAAAUUUCCAGGGAGCUUCCUAUCUGUGAGAGAGCAACUAAUGCUAUGCUUUGAUUCAUAGCUCCUGCAAUUAGAACACACAUUGCAGUUGACAGAGGGCUGAUGGCUAAAAGGCAGUAACUAAGAGAUCAGUUUAUAUAGGGGAAUGCCUCUAUACCAGGGAUUUAGAUUGUGCUCCUUGCAAAGCACUUUGUCUCUCGUAGAUACACUGCACAUUCUUUCUCUGUGUCUCAGUCACUCUCUCACACACAGAGUUUGUAUCCAGUGGUCAGUCCAUUGCACACAAGGGACCAUUUGCAAAAUCUGAAUCCAGCUUAAUAUGCCCACCAUUUGUGGAGCAAGGAUGUUGUAGGCUCAGCACAUACUAGCUUUCACAUAUCCCACAACAACAACAAAGCUUGGGUGCAGCCUCACCUAGAGUUUUUAAUUUCAUAUAUUAUUUUCUUCUUUACUUUGGCUUUGAGGUUGAAAUUGUCACUACGUCAUCCAGAUGGUGUAUAAUAGCUCAUUUGCAGUAUUAGUAAGUAGCACAAUUAAAUUCUAUAUUAAUAUGGUACCUUGAGCUCUUGUUAUAGAGAGUUAGCCUCCUGCUUUGGAUUGUGCACAUAGUGGGACAGUGAGAGCAUUCCACAGUAUGAUAUCUGAAACAUUGUCUUUGGAUGGGGAAGUCCAUAUGCCAUUCCAAGUUCUGACUGUUCCCAAGUCAAUUCUCCAUGGCACCACAUUCUCCCCAACAGAUUCUGAAGAAACUCUUCAAAAAUGGCCUAAGUCCUGUCUGAACAAGACCAUAGUCUGUCAGGGUGUCAAACUCAAAUAUGU